GUGCCAAACCAGACAACACAACAAGCCCACAACCAGUUGCUGUAUCAGGAGCUCACAGUCCUCCCAGAGUUUCCCAACCAUCUGCCUCACCUCCCCACUACAACUUUGUUGACUGGUGAUCCAGACAUUUGCGAAAUCGAAGCUCAUUCAUCCGCAAUCCUAUCCUGCUCGUAGAGCCUUACCGCGACCAUGAGCACCCAUCCAAGGGCUGUUGGCCUUCUCCUAAGACUUAAUGCAAAGUCCUUUGAGCCCAUAAAUGCUCUGAGGUCCAAAUUCCCAGCCGCACGACACCCGAAGCAGAAGGAUGAUCCUCAGCGACCGCUCUUUCCCGUCAUAUCUCUUUUCCAUACUUUGCCAGGGACCAAUCUACCAAAUCUGCAAGCUAAAGUCUCCAAGCUUGCCGCCGUACGAAAGCCCUGGACGAUUAAAGUUGGAGCACCCGUAAUAUUUCCAAGUAGGCAGCAUGAGUUAUACGGCUUUGGAUUUCAACUGCCAGCGGAAGAGAUUUUGCAGCUGCGUCGCGACCUUUACGAGGAGCUCAGUGAGGAAAUCAAGGCAGUGGAUCCAGAGGGGGUUUCAAAGAAGUUUGCAUUUCGAACCAAGACUACAGCGUGGCUGUCCAUUCGCCAUUCUAAUUCUGGAGUCCCCAAGGAGAAGGCAUUGGAGGUGCUGAGGCAGUUGGAGCGAGAAUAUCCAAAUGGAUUUGGCAACAUUGUUGCAGAAGGCUUCGCACUGCAAGAACAUGCUACACCGGGACGCAUGAGAAUAUCGGAGGAACUGAUGAAGGGCGAUUUCCCCUUUGGAGCCAAGUGA